AUGCUGGUUCGUAACUUGAGAGCUCUUGUUCCCCGCGGGUUCUUCUCUUCUCAUCAUUCCUGUGAUGUCCGAAUCAAUCCGGUAACAGUGGCGGGCAGAGUUUUCAGCAACUUGUCUGCUAUCUUGAAUGUUGGGAACAAUGAUAGGAGCACGGUGGAGGAAAAACAAAACAGAAGAAUGAAACCAAAAGAAACUUGUCCGGUUGGUUCGUUGAAGAACUCGGUAGUGAAGAUCUUCUUUGUCUCUAGAGACUAUAGCAGAACUCGACCGUGGGAGACUCGUGCCAAACGACGCACCGGCACUGGAUUUGCUAUCUCGGGAAAAAGAAUUCUUACAAACGCUCAUGUGGUGGAAAUACUGAAUGAACACACAUCUGUGCAUGUCCAAAAGCGUGGUUCUACAAUCGAAUAUAAAGCAAAAGUUCAAAAGAUUGCACAUGAAUGUGAUUUGGCCAUCUUGGAGAUCGAUAGUCAAGAGUUCUGGAAGGGUAUGAAGCCUUUAGAGCUCGGAGGCAUACCGCCUCUUAAGAAAGCUGUUUUCGUUCUUGGUUAUGCAACUGGUAACAGAAUUCGAAUUACAAAAGGUCUAGUAGCUAGCUUUGAAACCGAAAAGUACCUUCAUAGUGACACCGAGCUAGUGAGAAUACAAAUAGAUGCAACUAUAAAAAAUGGAAACAGUGGUGGCCCUGUAAUCUUGGAGAAUAAAGUCGUUGGUGUAGCAUUUGAAGGUUCACAGAUACAAAGUUCUCUUAUCCCAACACCAAUUGUUAAGCAUUUCAUAACUGGUGAUGAAGAAAGCGAUCAACAGUCUGUUUUCUGCUCACUGGGUCUAUCAUACCAGUCUAUUAAAAAUGCUCAAAUCCGUAAUCAUUUCAAAAUGAGCUCUACAAUGACAGGCAUUCUUAUAAACAAAAUAAACUUGUGGUCGGGUGCCUACGGAGUUUUGAAAAAGAAUGACAUCAUUCUUGCCAUUGAUGGUGUUCCAGUAGCAGAUGAUGCCACAGUUCCUUUUUGGGAAAAUGAGCGGAUAAGUUUUAAUUAUUUGAUUUUAAUAAAGAAACCAGGCGAAACUAGCUUGAUCAAAGUUUUG